GAGAUUCGCUUAGUAAAACGCCGCGGUUUCUGCAAGGCUCUUCGUCCCAUUUCAUGCACAAAAUAACUUUCCUUAUUGAGCAAGUUGGGGGGGGGAUUAACAAGGAUGGAUGCAGACGCGCAUGGCAGCACAUUAGAUGCUGCGAUGAGAUCCGUCAAAUAAGACGCCUGCAGCUGAACUUUUAACAAGCUUGGAGACGGAAGAAUUAUGGACUUGUUUGCGGCAAACGAGACGUUGUCCGAGUGUGCAGGAACGCAUACUUUUGCAGCCCAGAACGGGAGCUCGGAGACGUCCAACCUGAGCUGCAGCAACAUCUCCACGCCGCUCACACCUCGCAGUGUGCGACCAGCGGACGAUCACCAUACGCUGAGGAUCCUUCUGUACGCCCUCAUCUUCUUCCUAAGCGUGUUUGGGAACCUGCUGAUCAUCCUGGUUCUGACGGCCAACAAGCGCAUGCGGACAGUCACCAACACCUUCCUGCUGUCGCUGGCCGUCAGUGACCUGAUGAUGGCGGUUUUCUGCAUGCCCUUCACCCUCAUCCCCAGCAUCCUCAAGGAUUUCAUCUUCGGCGCCAUCAUGUGCAAGAUAGUGACCUAUCUGAUGGGUAUAUCAGUGAGCAUCUCUACGUUCAGCCUGGUCGCCAUAGCGAUUGAGCGCUACAGCGCCAUAUGCAACCCACUGAAGUCAAGGGUGUGGCAGACACGCUCACAUGCUUACCGGGUGAUUGCGGCGACAUGGCUGCUGGCUCUCAUCAUCAUGAUCCCGUAUCCAGUGGUCAGUCAUCUGGACUCCUUUCAGCGACCCGACAACACCACCGCCCACCAGUGCCGCUGCAAGUGGCCCGUCAUCAUGGCCGAGCAGACCUGGUACAUCCUGCUGCUGCUUUUGCUGUUUGCCAUUCCGGGGGUGGUGAUGAGUGUGGCCUACGGACUCAUCUCCAGGGAACUUUAUCGAGGGAUCCAGUUUGAGAUGGGACACAAAAAAGACUCUACAGACGUGAAGAAUGGCUUAACGUCAGCAAUGACCAAUGGCAACGACGAUGGAGAUGGCUGCUAUGUCAAUGUCCAGCGUCCCUACGGGCUGGAAAUGUCCGCCAUGACUGCCUCUGUCAAGACUCCCAAGGCGGACCGACCACGCAGCAACACAUCAGAGGCAAAGCUCGAGGCAAAGAAGCGAGUUAUCCGCAUGCUGGUGGUGAUUGUGGUCCUGUUCUUUCUGUGUUGGAUGCCGCUGUACUGUGCCAACACGUGGCGAGCUUUCGAUGGCAAAUCUGCCAAACGAGCCCUCUCUGGAACGCCUAUUGCUUUUAUCCAUCUGCUCAGCUACACCUCUGCUUGUGUCAACCCCAUCAUCUACUGUUUCAUGAACACCCGUUUCCGAAAGGCUCUGCUCACCACGUUUUCCUGUUGCUUCGCCCCUUGCCGUCGCCAUCGUCGCCGCCGUCACGGGCUUCGGGACAACGAGGACGACGCUACGGCCAUGGGACCCUCCAUGUCCAAGUUCAGUUACACUACAGUCAGCACUAUGGGAACUUGCUGAGGCUGAUUGAGGUAGUUCCAGCACAGAUCAUCUAUCGUGUUUAGACAAAGGGAUGGAAUUUGCCGUGAUGUAGCAUUAGCAGCAUAGAAUAGCUGUUCUUACAUUGUAAAUACCUUCGUUUCUAUAUAAAAACACAUCAAGACCAUCAACUCUUGCAUUUUGUAACUGGAUUUGCAUUAUUGUAAUGAUUUUAUUCCAUACAUUUCAGUUUGUUGUUUUUAUGUUUGUGACUGAUUCAGCUGCCUUGUGUAUUCUGUAUACAGUAAGUGCCUGCUUUUUUCCAAUGAUAAACAUUAUCCCGGUACAGUGCUUUUAAAAGAAACUGCAAAUCAUGAACAAUUUGGGGUAAUUAAUCUAAACGUGUGGUCUACAAGGAUCCAUGAGGGUGCCACUAAGCGCAGUGUUAAAGGCCUACUGAAACAAGAUUUUCUUAUAUAAACGGGGAUAGCAGGUCCAUUCUAUGUCAUACUUGAUAAUUUCGCGAUAUUGCCAUAUUUUUGCUGAAAGGAUUUAGUAGAGAACAUCGACGAUAAAGUUAGCAACUUUUGGUCGCUAAUAAAAAAGCCUUGCCUUUACCGGAAGUAGAAGCCGAUGUGCGCGUGACGUCACCGGUGUGAGGGUUCCUCACACCAGCAGCGCGAGCGAUUCUGACCGAGGAAGCGAUAAUUUCCCCAUUAAUUUGAGCGAAGAUGAAAGAUUCGUGGAUGAGGAUAGUGAGAGUGAAGCACUAGAAGAAAAAAAAAAUGAGGAGGGCAGUGGGAGUGAUUCAGAUGUUAUUAGACACAUUUACUAGGAUAAUUCUGGAAAAUCCCUUAUCUGAUUAUUGUGUUACUAGUGUUUUACUGAGAUUAUACCUGAAAGUCGGAGGGGUGUGGUGACCGCCAGUGUCUCUGAGUGAAGCCAUGGAGGAGCCAAGAAAGUCGCAGCUGCCUCUUUGACAGCUGCAGGAAGAACGACAUAAGCUCCGCUCAUGUUUACGGUAAGAGCCAACUUAUUACCACAAUUUUGUCACCGAAACCUGCCGGUGGACAUGUAGUAGAGAAACAUGUUCGCUUGACCGCUCUGUUCCAUAUUAAAUUUUCACAACAAACAAACAAACACCGGCUGUGUUUGUGCUGCUACAGCCGGCCGAAAUACACUGCUUUCCACCGAAUGCAUUCUUCUUUGUAGUCUCCAUUAUUAAUUGUAUAAAUUGCAAAAGAUUCAGCAACACAGAUGUCCAGAAUACUGUGUAAUUAUGCGAUUAAAUUGAACAACUUUUUGCCGUGAGUGGUGCUGGGAUAAAAUGUCCGCUAUAACCAAUAAUGUCACAAGCACGCGUCAACAUAAGCGUCAUCAUUCCGCGACGUUUUCAACAGGACACUUAGAGGGAAAUUUAAAAUUGCAAUUUAGUAAACUAAACCGGCCGUAUUGGCAUGUGUUGCAAUGUUAAUAUUUCAUCAUUGAUGUAUAAAGGCUUCACGGUGGCAGAGGGGUUAGUGCGUCUGCCUCACAAUACGAAGUUCCUGCAGUCCUGGGUUCAAAUCCAGGCUCGGGAUCUUUCUGUGUGGAGUUUGCAUGUUCUCCCCGUGAAUGCGUGGGUUCCCUCCGGGUACUCCGGCUUCCUCCCACUUCCAAAGACAUGCACCUGGGGAUAGGUUGAUUGGCAACACUAAAUUGGCCCUAGUGUGUGAAUGUGAGUGUGAAUGUUGUCUGUCUAUCUGUGUUGGCCCUGUGAUGAGGUGGCGACUUGUCCAGGGUGUACCCUGCCUUCCGCCCGAUUGUAGCUGAGAUAGGCGCCAGCGCCCCCCGCAACCCCGAAAGGGAAUAAGCGGUAGAAAAUGGAUGGAUGGAUGGAUGUAUAAAUUAUCAGACUGCGUGGUCGGUAGUAGUGGGUUUCAGUAGGCCUUUAAGAAUCGGCCACCAGUUACUCUGUAAUUUAAUUUAUCACAAAUAUACUGUGCAUCUUUAGUAAACUAUAAUUGUAAUAAUCAUCUGAAAAUAAAACGGCAUAUGCACAAAUUCUCCACACAGGAAAAAUUAACGAUCGAUAUAAAAGAGCUUUUCUUCCUGUUACUCACAUACACUGUACACAAAGAUGGGUGGUAUGACCUGAAAUCUACAUUUCCAUAUAUUGCAGCCUCCUGUGAUAAGAAUUUAUUUCACAAUAUAGUAUUUGGUAUGUAAAUAAUAAUAGAACCAUUUCAAAAUGAGCAACAAAAGGCUCCUAACCUAUUUGGUAACAAUUAUGUAAUUUCAGCUUGUAUUAUUUUGUCAAAACUAUUAUUAAUCUACUUGCAAAGUUACUGUUGAUAUAUGGUUACUUUCGGUUAUAACAUGGUUAUAUUUACACUUAAAAAAAAAAAAAGUACUUAGACCUUAUUCUUCUGUUUGAAUAUUGGUUUUGGCCGAUACUACAAAUUUAGGUAUCGAUCCAAUGCAAAGUAAGUACAUGGGCAGUAUUGAUAAUAAAGCUUUUACUGAUACCUACAAUUUCCAAGAUUAUUUACUUUUGAUCACAAUUUUAAUCAGACCAAGAAACAGGAUGCCGAUAUAAAAAUGUCAAUUAAAUAUUAAAAUUUUACUGGCUCUGAUUUAAAUCAUUUGGUUUUUGCCCUUAAAACUCUCCUGUGUUCGGGGACUAAUUUCCCGAGUUUGUAAACAAUAACAAAAGAGACAAAAUAUUUUUUGAUAGCAAAAAAUAUCGUUCUAACGACGGUAGAAUCGACCAUACACUGAUAGUAUACUUGGUAUCAGUACUGUCGAUAUUUGUAUCGAUCCGCCCACCAUUGUUUACAUUCCAGAGCUCUAGCUCAGCAGUUAGCGUAUUUCCUACAAUGUGUAAUGUAGCAUGUUUAGCAAUUGCUCAUCUUCUAGCGAUGAGAUUUGUAAGAAACGUUUUUUUUUUGUUGCGGUGGGGGCGAAGAUUGCUGCUUUAGAAGUGGAUUUUCACUGUGGAGGGACAUUACAGGCUAGCGAGGACUCUACAUUGCUGUGAAGACGUGUUUGUUCGCUUGUCACUGUCAAAUUUUGGGGACACAGCUAGACAUCAUGAUAGAAUGAUGGUAUUUAAAUCUCUAUCGUAGGCCAACAUUAUUAUUUAUAGUGUAUAUCAGGGGUCACCAACCCGGUGCCCACGGGCACCAGGUAGCCCGUAAGGACCAGAUGAGUCGCCCGCUGGCCUGUUCUAAAAAAAGCUCAAAUAGCAGCACUUACCAGUGAGCUGCCUCUAUUUUUUAAAUUUUAUUUAUUUACUAGCAAGCCGAUCUCGCUUUGCUCGACAUUUUUAAUUCUAAGAGAGACAAAACUCAAAUAGAAUUUGAAAAUCCAAGAAAAUAUUUUAAAGACGUCGUCUUCACUUGUUUGAAUAAAUUCAUUUAUUUUUUUUGUUUGCUUCUUAUAACUUUCAGAAAGACAAUUUUAGGGAAAAAAUAUAACCUUAAAAAUGAUUUUAGGAUUUUUGAACACGUAUACCUUUUUACCUUUUAAAUUCCUUCCUCUUCUUUCCUGACAAUUUAAAUCAAU